UUGCGUUUAUGUGUAUUUUUUUAUUUUGAGGCGAGUGCCCACGUGAAGUAACAAGAUUCAGUUAAACGACUGCCACUGAUCAGUUUAGACUUAAAAAUUUAUAUUUUAAAUUAUAAAUUAAAAAUGAUUAAAUUUGUUAUUAAUAUUUUAAUUAUUUGUUUAAUCAAUGAAACAAUUGGAGUGCCAACUAUUUACAAAAGAAAUGAGGACAACAUUUUUGAACCUGUUAUGGUGCCAGUAUCUUCAACAGUAAUACCUCUGUCAGAUUACAAAGUUGGAUAUGGCUUUGGAUUUUUUAGCAAAAACAAAAAAGCACAGUCAAGCUACAAACCCGAAGGACAAGUUAAAUUAAUAACAGUUAAAAAAAGAAGAGAUUAGUUGUCUUUUAAAUAUCCAAAAGAUAAAAAUGUAAACUUUAAUCAAAUUUGAUUUCUUUAGAGCUCAAAACCAAACGAUAAUUUAACUUUUUGUUUUUUAAAUUACUAUGUUUUUAAUAAUCAUCCAGCAGUUGUUAUUAAUUUAUUAAU